CGAAUCGGAAGCUAACUUCCGCGUCUUUUUGGAAAGCCUGAUAUCGAUAUGAGAGAACAAUUUCUUAACUGAAACUAACCUUUUUUAGAGGUUUUAGCGGAGCCUUGGCUCCUUCUUCUCUCCUCAGUCUCCAUGAUGUUUCCGUUUUCUACAUUUUCAACUUUGACCUAUGACAUAUUUCAUUCUACGGCAAGCCCAAACGGACAAUCAUUUCGCGUUAGCGUGGCUAAGAUAAAGCCCGCCUGAAGACAGCAGGGAUGGCUCUGGAGCAGCUCAGUGAUGUGGUCCAGAGAUGUCAAGCCCUUCCUGAAGACCGCUACACCACCGAGGACCAUGACGUGUUCACGAUUUCUGGGCGGACCUGCAUCGAGGAGGGAAACAGCGCACAGGUCCUCAGUAUUGUCCUGGAUGAAAAGAAUCAGGACAUAGUGAGAUGUAUGGGUUGGAAUCUGCUGCCUCCCCUGAUCCAGGUUCUGCUGAAGAAAGAAGACAAGAAGUUUUCUCAAUGCCUAGCCAUUUUCAACCACCUGCUGCAGACCUGCAGACCCAAAGAGCUGCUGAUUGGCUUGUUGGAGCAGCUGGAGCAGGAUGACCCUGACACCAUAGCAACGAGCCUCCAUCUGCUGCUGAACCCUCUACAGAAAGUGCUGCUGUGUCUGGGCAGCCGGAAGGCGUCGUCCCUGGGCAUGACCCUGUCCUCUGUGCUGGACCAGGUGGCCAAACUGCCUCUGCCUCACACCAAGGAGCAGGAGGAGGACGACAUCUUCUCGCUGUGUCGCUGCUGCACCGAUCUGAUAGACUUUGUCAAGCCUUUUGUCCACGAGGCCAGGCAAAACCUCCUGAACACUGAGGCCCAAGAUGAGAGUGGGCAGGGCGGGGGUAACGAGGAUGAGCUGCAGACAGAACUGCUAAAGUUCUGUAUGAAGACUCUGAGUCACCCUCUGCUGGAGGUACAACUCAAGGAUCCGGACACUCUGGCUGUGUCUCCCCUCAGGAAUUUUGCCACAGAGAUUUUGAACACCCUCAGUGCUAUCGGAGAGUCUGUCCCCAGUCUUGUGUACGAGCCUCUGUUGAAAAGAAAACAGGUUCCGGGCUUUCUGGAGGAGGAGGUGCGUUAUCCUAAAGAGUCUUUGGCCAGCCUGGCUCACCUGGUGUUUGUCCAUCACCUGGCUGCAGAUACAUUCCCCAGUGUUUUCAGUCCUGUGUUCUGUCUUCGGAGUAAUAUGGAGCACAUUGGCCUCCUCUUGUCCAGAACUGAGGAGUUCAGGAUUCAGAAAGGACUGGAGCUGUAUGAGAAGAGUCUGGUGCGCGUGGAGGAUUGCAGUCUGCAUGCAGAUCUGCUGGAGAUCAAAACUUUCCUCACAGUCCCUCAGAACAUGGUGAAGGUGAUGACGAUAUGUCCGAGGCAUGAUUUGAGAACCAGAGGUCUGAAGGUGUUGCAGCUGAGCAUUGAUAAGUUUGACACUGAAGCCAAGUACAAUCUUUUCCAGUACAUGCUGAAAACCAGUAAUCACUCAGGAGUCGAAGGCUACGUCAUCAAAAACAUCAAGAAUCAGAUAGACGUUGCCCUGCAGCCUGGUAACAGUAACACCUGGUUCGUGGGAGCUCACCUGCUCCCUUUGCUGCGUAAAGUUCUCAGUCUGCCAGACGGCCCAGAGACCGACCUCCUGCAUUACCUGGACAGAAUCAUGGAGUCCCUGAACCUGCUGCGUUACCUCGUCAUCAGAGACAAAGUGACAGACAACCAGACAGGGAUCUGGACAGAGCUGUAUAAAAUAGAGGAUACGUUCCUGAAGCCGCUACGUGUUGGAGUGAACAUGUCCAGGGCUCACUAUGAGAGGGAGCUCCACAACACCAUGGCGACCAAGAGGGUUAAGGCCAAAGAGGAGUCUGUGCUUUCUGUGUCCGUCGGCGACGAGAAGCUGCCGAACAUGACAUCAGAGUCCCAGAUUCAGGCUCUGCACUCAGCCCUGCACACGUUUGACAUGAUCGAGAGUGUGUUGGUGCGAAUAGAGGAACUCACCGAGGUGAAGGAAAAUCUUUAGACUGAGCCCAUCAGUUUUACUACCAGAGGUUGUCAUCGUCUCAGGGCCUAGUGGACAAUAAAAAGCCUUUGACUGUUCCAACUUGUACUUUGUUGUUAAUGAGCAGCAUCAGCUGUGGAUACAUUAUUUCAAACAGUUCAAUCAUGCAUUGUUAGUGUGUGUGUGUGUGUGUGGGUUUUACUUUUUCAUUUUUUUUCAAGCGUUUUCAAGUUGUUUUCAGCAGGUCUGCUGGGUACUUUAAAAUGUUGCAUACAUUGUCUAUAAAACAUUCAAAUAUUGACUGGAAAGUUUGUAUCGCUUCUGUAAUAAAUUUUCAAACUCUUGUACACGUACGAGUUAA